UGGUAAAACCUUCCGCACAUGAACGCGCGCUCUCUCGCUCCUCCCAGAUGACGGAGGCGCGCAUAGUCUAUGGGCUCAACUCAAGAUGGCAUCUGGAGCAGAUCACGGCUUGAAAAAACUUGUUUGGCAAAAAAUCAAGGACUCCCUCAUUGCAGACUGCAGGAAGUCAGAAGUAUGGAAGAUCCUCAUACUGGACCAUUUCACCACGCGCCUCCUCUCCUCCUGCUGCAAAAUGUCCGACCUCAUGUCGGAGGACAUCACAAUUGUGGAGGACCUGCACAAAAACAGAGAGCCGGUUCCAGAGAUGAAGGCCAUCUAUUUCAUGAGACCCACUGCCGAGUGUAUUGAUGCAUUUAUCAAUGACUUCAAACCGAAAGCCAAAUACAAAGCUGCGUAUGUCUUCUUCACUGACUACUGUCCUGAUGAUCUCUUCGACAAGAUGAAGAAGAACUGUGCCAAGCACAUUAAAGUGUGUAAAGAGAUCAACAUCUCGUUUCUGCCGCUGGAAGCACAGGUGUUCAGCUGUGAUAACGCAGAGGCCUUCAAGAGCAUCUACAGCCCGAACAGCAAGGACAGAGAUCAGACGCUGGAGAUGAUAGCGGAUCAGAUCGUAACGCUCUGCGCCACGCUGGACGAGUAUCCUGGAGUCAGAUUCAAGAAAGAUCCGAAUCUUAAUUAUGGAAAGAAGUUGGCUGAACUUGUGGAUAAUAAACUGGCACGACAUUACGAGUUGGAUGAUAAUCCAAAUAAAAAGGGAAAAACGCAGGCUCAGCUUCUGAUUGUCGACCGUGCGCUGGACCCUGUUAGCCCUAUUCUUCACGAGCUCACCUACCAGGCCAUGGCUUAUGAUCUCAUACAAAUAAAGGACAACACCUAUGAGUAUAAGUUAAAGGAUGGCUGUAAGAAAGAAGCUUUACUGAAUGAAGAGGAUGAAUUAUGGGUCAAACUACGUCACAUGCACAUAGCUGAGGUCACUGGGCAAAUCCCCAAACUGGUGAAGGAAAUCUCUGCCAGCAGAGGUGAAAGGAAACAGGCCGAUGAGAAGAUCUCAAUCGGAGGCCUAUCACAGCUCAUGAAGAAGAUGCCAGGCUUCCGCAAGCAGAUGGCUCAGAAAACUGUCCACUUGAGUUUAGCUGAGGAUCUGAUGAAUCAUUACCAGAAGAAUGUGGAGAAACUCUGCAAAGCCGAACAGGAUCUGGCUGUAGGUGCAGAUGCUGAAGGACAGAAGGUCAAGGACCCCAUGAGGACGUUACUUCCUGUGCUGUUACACCCACAUGACACCACUGAUAAGAUCCGGGCCGUUCUUCUCUACAUCUUCAGUCUGAACGGAACGACAGCAGAGAACCUGAAUAAACUGAUUCAGCAUGUGAAAAUCGAGGAUGAGAGAGGGUAUAUCCUCAACUGGGAACAUCUGGGAGUUCCCAUCCUAUCCACGCCGAGCAUGUUCUCAUUUCGUAAACAAUCUCGGAGAGACCGGUCAGAUGAGGAGACUUACAAAGUGUCUCGCUGGACACCCGUCAUUAAAGAUCUAAUGGAGGAUGUGGUGGAGAACAAACUGGAGGUCAAAGACUGGCCGUAUCAGUCUGAAUGUCCGUCAGUGUGGAACGGCUCGCGUGCUGUAAGUGCGCGGCAGAAGCACAAGGGCAGUUCUCCGGAUGACCUCCGCAGCGGCUCGCGGCUCAUCGUCUUUGUUCUGGGUGGGGUCACUUACUCAGAAAUGCGCUGUGCUUAUGAAGUCACACAUGCUAAUAAAUCCUGUGAAGUCAUCAUUGGCUCGACGCACAUCCUGACUCCACGCAGUCUGCUGGAGGACAUCUAUAACCUGGGCAAACAGCCCAUGGAGAGCUUCAGCAUCGAGGAGGACAAGCCCUGAGCGCCGCUCCCCUCAGCACUGAAGAAGAGAACAGAUCUCAACUGCUUUCCUCUCCUCAGACAGCAUUAUAUCUCAUUCUCUUAAAAGCUGAUCACGUGAAAAUAACAAACCAAUGGUUCUACAUCAAACAUUUAGAGGUCAUUUCAUUUCUAAAACUCUCAGUUGUGCUCAGUUUAGGAGAUAUAUAUACAGUAUAUAACAUUAACUCUUCACAACUAACUUCAACUCUGAGGUAUUCAGGCUUCUUCUUUUUAUUGUGUUAAACACAGCUUUAUAAAAUUAAAACAUUUAUAUAGUAGUAUGCAUCAUGAUUAAGGACUUAAUUGGUUUAAUAACCCUUUAAUACAAAAGCUAGAAAUAGAUCAGCUCAUGAGCAGAGCCUUACAGACCGGUGCCUUCAUGUAGAUUUCAGAUGUAUUUAUAUCUCACACACUAAGUCCUGACUGUCAAUGUUUUAAUGUUUGGCGGUUUGUUUUUGUAUUAAGUUGAAUUGUACAUAUGUAUUGCGUGCUUCUGUGCUGCUCGAGUGUUUUGCUUGUAUAAAACAUUUACUCAUGAAUGAAAAAAUGAGGGAUUUAACUGAUUUAACACUCGAUACUUGACAUGAACAACUGACAUUUAACAUGAGUGACGAGGUUCAGUGCUUCUGUUUGCUUUGUAAUGUUUGUGUAAUGUUUGUAAUAUGGUCUGUCUAAUAACAACUGUACUUCAUAAUAAACAUAUAUUGUAUCUA